AUACUGGUGAGGCUGCAGAUUGCAAGUGGCGAUAAUAGUCGGAUGGUGGAUGCCGUGGAACUUAUUUAACGUUCGACACUGAACAAAAUAAGAAACAAAGUACUCCAACUUUGAGAUUUGGUGUGUACUUGAACACACGGCCCGUCGUCAGGCAGGCCGAGCUAGCUCCUGAGCCCCGCCAUGGACAGCGCCGGGUCCUCCUCCUCGCCGCUGCGCGUCGUGAUCGUCCCCUGGCUCGCCUUCGGCCACAUGCUCCCGUACCUGGAGCUCGCCGAGCGGCUGGCGUCGCGAGGCCACCGCGUGUCAUACGUCUCCACGCCGCGCAACCUCGCCCGCCUCCCGCCGCUGCGCCCGGCCGCGGCGCCGCGCGUCGACCUCGUCGCCCUCCCGCUGCCGCGCGUCGACGGCCUCCCCGACGGCGCCGAGUCCACCAACGACGUCCCCGUCGACCAGCGGGAGCUCCACCUCAAAGCCUUCGACGGCCUCGCCGCGCCCUUCGCCGAGUUCAUGGCCGCCGCGUGCGCCGAUGAGGGCACGAGGCCUCACUGGGUCAUCGCCGACAGCUUCCACCACUGGGUCGCCGUCGCCGCCGUCCAGCAAAAGGUGCCAUGCGCGAUGCUUCUCCCGACCGCUGCUGUGAUCGCUAUUGCGCGCGCCGAGACCCGCCCUCGUUACAAGCAGGAGGACAUGGCUCCCAUGUACGGCGACCAAGGCGCAUCGGGUAUGUCCCUCGCCCAGCGCUGGCUGUUGACGAAAGAGAGGUCCGCGCUCGGGGUCAUCCGGAGCUGCGUGGAGUGGGAGCCCGAGUCCUUCCCGCUGGUGCAACCGCUCCUCGGCAUGCCGGUCGUGCCUCUCGGCCUUCUCCCACCGUCACCCGACGGAGGCCGUCGUGCCGGCGGCACCAAUGAAUCAUCAGAGCACGCCAGCGUGCGCUGGCUGGACGCGCAGUCGCCCGGCUCGGUGGUGUACGUGGCGCUGGGGAGCGAAGUGCCGCUGCCCCUGGAGCAGGUACACGAGCUCGCCCUCGGGCUGGAGCUCGCCGGGACGCGCUUCCUCUGGGCUCUCCGGAAGCCCAGCGGCGCCGCCGUCCUAGAUGACGGAGCCGACAUGCUUCCACCGGGUUUCCAAGAGCGCGCUCGCGGCCAGGGGCUGGUGACCACGGGGUGGGUUCCUCAGAUGAGCAUCCUGGCGCACCCCGCCGUGGGCGGGUUCCUGACGCACUGCGGCCAGAACUCGCUGAUCGAAGGGCUCCUGUUUGGGCACCCACUCGUCAUGCUGCCCAUCUUCGGCGACCAAGGCCCGAAUGCGCGCCAAAUGGAGGCCAAGAUGGCGGGGUUGCAGGUGGCGAGGGACGAGAGCAAUGGGUCGUUCGACCGGCAUGGCAUCGCGAGCGCGGUCCGGGACGUCAUGGUUGACGGGGAGGCAAGGAGGAGAUUCGUGGCAGGUGCAGCGAAGAUGCAGGAGGUCGUAGCUAAUUCGGAACGGCAGGAGCGGUACAUCGACGAAUUUGUGCUACACCUUCGAUCUCACGGCGCCGCAAUUGCAACUGAUGGCAAAGCCACUACGGCCGCUACUUCCUGAACAAUAAGGGAAAUUUUUGUGUGUGAUACUUUCAUGCAUGUUUGCUUUUCUACAGCUACUGUAUUUUUUGUUUUUCAUUCUGAAGGUGAUGAAACACUGAAACUGUAGCAUAUGUGGUGUAUAUUUUCGCUCAGAAUUGUAGAAACGAGAUUGCUAAAUCUCAGUCGACUGAAAGUUAAGUCUCAGUCGAUGCUAUAUUCA